AUGUCCUCGAAACGCCAUAAGUACAUAAUAACCGCCACAGAAUACACCACAAAAUGGGUUGAGGAGAUACCUCUCAAAGACUACGCCGGGGCAACUAUUACAGCAUUCAUCAAAGAAUACAUCAUCUGCAGAUUUGGCGCUCCCAUGAUUAUCAGAGCAGACAAUGAAAAAUCAUUCGUAAACAAAGACGUGAUAGAUAUGUUGCGCCAAUAUAAUGUAAGGCUUCACACAUCCACCCCCUACUACCCUCAGGGAAACGGGCAGGUGGAGGCAAGCAAUAAUGCGCUCAUCCGGAUCCUGAGUAGGACAGUGGAGGACCACCAUAGAGAGUGGCAUGAACAGCUCCCGCUCGCGGUAUGGGCAUACAGAAUCUCGAAACAAAGCUUCACGGGGGCAUCACCAUAUUCUCUGGUCUACGGGGAAUACGCGAUAUUGCCGGCAGAGAUUGUCAUUUCAUCCGCAAGAGUAGCAAUGGCUAGUCAUAUGACACCGGACGAAGUAAGCCGCUUUUCCCAUUUAGAUACAAUAAAAGAAAGGAGAGCACGGGCGGAACGGUUUGCAGAGGCAUAUAGAAAGCACACAGCAAAUUACUAUAACCAGAGCGUAAAGGAAAGAAAAUUCGAAGUAGACGAUUUGGUCAUUAAGAUCGCUCCGCAUGUACAAAGAAAUGCUAGUGCAGGGAAAUUCGCUGCAAACUGGGAAUGA